AUUGUCUAAACAAGGAAAACGGUGUUGAACCAUUUUUUUUUUAUUUAAACAAAUAAAGGUAUUCCAAAAACUGUAAGCUAAGUUAUUAUUAUAUAAGUAUUAUUAAUAUUGCCAUAGUACAAAAAGUGUAAAUAGAAAAGACAUUUCUAGCGUUUGAUUGUUGGAAGUGACUGUAAUACCUAUCAUAAGAACUUCAAUUAUUUAUUCCACAAUAGACACGUUGGUAAGGCGUUUCAAUCACAGAAUUAUAGAUUAAUUACUAGCUUUUAUAAUAGAAUGAGUGACAUUUCCCCGGCCAUUAAACUUUUCCAUUUUUAACCGACUCCAAAAAUCCAAAAGGUUAUAUGUUCGACGGCGAUAUAUGUCCAUUUAUGUAUGUUCGUGGUUUUUUCAGCGAAUUAUUGACAUAUUUUCAAAAUAUUUUUUUUUAUUAUAUUUCCCAUUCAAUUUCUAUAACCCAUUCACAAUCGUAGAAAAAAUAUAUGUAGCCAGAAUUUUUUGAAAUUCACAUGACUUUUUCGUGAGUGACAAAGUGUGUAAAAAAAUGCAUAGGCUUCUAUAAGUCGUAAAGAGGUUUAUUUUAGUCACCUCUUUUGGCAAUAUACCAAAUUCCAUAACAAAAUAAAAAGUAUUUAUUAGAGAGUAAGUACGUUGUAGCAAGCAACAUAUCGUCGCCUAAAUAGCCAUUCGAGUAACUAUUUUAAUAAAAUUAUAUUUAUUGUGUGCAUCACGCAAACUUCCAUUACUUAUGGCAAUUUGAAUGUCUGCUAUUCAUUUUGCAUAAAAAAAAAACAAGAAUAUUUUUCAAACUCGUAACAACCCUUGAACACCCAAUUAACUGUUACAAAAUUAAUACGGUUACAACUUGAACCCAUAAUUACUUGGUGAGAACAUUAAAUUAAAUUUAAAUGAGUCUGCUUCGAAGUGUUAAUUGCUACAAUGAGUAUUUGAUUCACAUACAUUAAGACAUCAUGGCAUCUACUACACGUCCUAAGCAUUACUUUCGUUUACACUAUAAUCUUUUUAGGGUGCUAGGUCUCGGGUGGUGGCAUCAACCAGAUGAAGGGGACACUAGAAAUUUCCACGGAUGGUAUCUGUAUUAUUCGCUCGUAACACAAAUCGUUUGGGUGGUCGGAUUUGUCGGUCUCGAAACAAUCGACCCAUUCAUUGGCGAAAAAGAUAUCGAUAGAUUUAUGUUCAGUCUCUCGUUCGUUAUCACCCAUGACCUCACUUUAAUAAAGCUCUACUUGUUCUACUUCAAAAACGACCAAAUACAAGACAUAGUCCGCACCUUAGAAGUAGACCUCUACGAGUUCUAUCAAAAUAACUCAAUGAAUCGUGCAACAAUUAGGACCUCAAAAAUAAUGACGGCGUCCUUUUUGUUCUUCGGAUGGAUUACAAUUGGUAACACUAAUGUUUAUGGGACAUACCAAGAUCUUCGUUGGAAAGCUGAAAUUGCAAAAUUAAACGACACAACGCUGGCUCCAUCCCGUACUUUGCCUCAGCCAAUUUACAUUCCAUGGAAUUAUCAAAGUGAAAUAUCUUAUGUAUCGACGUUUGUCCUCGAAACAGUAGGCCUAUUGUGGACAGGGCACAUCGUUAUGAGUAUCGACACUUUCAUUGGAUCUGUUAUUCUUCACAUGAGCAAUCAGUUCGCUAUUCUACGUGAAGCUCUUGUUACUGCUUACGACCGUACAAUGCUCGGUCUUUAUGAAGGAGUACAAGAUUGCAAUAUGUUAACAGAUAUUAAUCAUGUUCAAGAAACUUAUACUGUGAAUAAUAUUGAAGAAAUUGUAAAAUAUCAUUAUAGUAAAGAAGAAAUCGAGUCAGCUUUAACGCUUGGUGCAUUCGGAAAUAAAUCAACGUUGUUUGUGCCGCCGAACGUGCAGUUUUGCCGUUAA